AAAGAGGAGCCGAUACAAACAUAAAAUCUCGCCCAAUGAAGACCACCGCUCAUUCUGUGACGUGAUUUGAGAACGACACCGCCGACAAACAAACCCUGGAGCUGGUGGCCUUUCCAAUUCUGAUACUGGAAGUAGACAGACGAAAUUUCUCAUAGAAGUUUGAAGCCACAUUGCCAGUCUAAAGGUGUCUCGAAGGUUUGGACAAGAAGAUAAAUUUUAACGGAUUUCAUAACGUGAAACGACGUUAUCAACCCAAAGGCCGUAGAGAAGCAUUGUAGUUAAAGAUCCAUCAUCAUGGCGUAUGCGACGUUAUUCCUCUUCGCCUGCGUUUGCAUUGUAUACGUCACAGAGGGAAGUUCACUUGACCAAUCAGAACGACGCUUGGUAGCUCGUGGCGCCAGGAAACCACGUGCACACUAUGGGAUUGGCGGGUAUCUGUAUGGGAAAAGGUCACAGGUCACGGAAGACGAUCUACUACAAACAGUUUCAAGGCAAUACAUGACACUUCAGGAGGCGGCAAACAUCAUGCAGAAGGACCAUGCCUUUGCCAUGCUGGUUGCCAAAAAGAUGGAUACUGACGGUGAUGGCUACGUGCAAGUAACGGAUCUACUUUAAUGACGUCAUGAGUUACUGACGUCAUGGCCUGAUGACGUCAUGAAUCAAGGAUCCCCUGCGUGCCUUUUAUUGCCCUUAUGUGUUUGUGUCAUAUCUACGUGCUAUGUACUGGCCAUGUGAUGAGAACAAUAUCAACUGAUACACUGCACUGCUCCUAAAUAAGAAAGAACAUUUUGUCAGACAAAUGAUAACGCAGAUCAUUUCAAUGUGAAAAUUUCAAAGGCACAGCUGAACAUGUUUUGGAUUGGACGCAUCUGCCAGAACGUAACCCAUGCAGUGGUAAUAAAAUUCACUUCGCUCGGAA